CGAACACAAGAACAGAUUGCUAGGUAGAGCAACACACGCCAAGAUGUCGGAAGUGGAUUCGAUCAUUUCACAACUGCAGCACUUUACAUGGCCCGAUUAUGUGGUAUUCGUGGCCAUGUUCAUACUGUGCAUCUUCAUUGGUAUCUACUUUGGCUUUAUGGAGAAGUCAUUGGGCGAAUCGGAUUAUCUGAUGGGCGGCCGUAAUAUGUUGUGUCUGCCCAUAGCCCUGUCACUGGUGGCCAGUUUUAUAUCGGGCAUAACGUUACUGGGUCUACCCACCGAAGUCUAUUCGUACGGCAUACAAUAUCUCUAUGUAUCGCUGGGUGUUAUAGCGAUGGGUUUCAUAAUGUCCAUAUACUAUUUGCCCGUGUUCCACGAUCUUAACAUCACAUCAACAUAUGAGUAUCUGGAAAGUCGCUUUGAUCGCAGAUUGCGCAUGUUCGGCUCCGUUAUGUUUACAAUCAUGAAUAUCGGCUACCUACCCAUUGUCAUCUAUGUCCCAGCCUUGGCCUUUAAUCAGGUGACGGGCGUUGCUGUGCACACCAUUACGCCAAUUGUCUGCAUCAUUUGCAUUUUCUAUACCACACUGGGUGGUCUCAAAGCUGUCGUAUGGACUGAUGUGGUGCAAAUCAUUUCCAUGAUUGGUGCUUUAGUAUUGGUGGCCAUUAAAGGCAGCAUCGAUAUCGGUGGUGCUUCAAAGGUGAUUGAAAGUGCCUGGGAAUCGGGUAGAAUUGAGGGGCCAGAUAUGGAUCUGAAUCCCACCGUUCGACACACUUUGUGGUCGCAAUUGGUGGGCGGUGUUUUCUACUGGACCCAAACAAAUGCCGUGUCUCAAAAUAUGAUCCAACGCUAUUUGGCUUUGCCGACUCUGUCGUCGGCCCGCAAAGCUUUGGCAUUGUUCUGUCUGGGUGUAUUGAUCUUGAUGGGUCUGUGCAGUUACAAUGGUCUUUUGAUGUACGCCACCUACAAGCAGUGUGAUCCUCUAACAACAAAACUGGCCAAGGCUAGGGAUCAGCUGUUGCCCUUAUUCGUUAUGGAAACCUUGGGAGAGUUCCCCGGCUUAACUGGUCUAUUCAUAGCCGGUGUUUUUAGUGCUGCUCUGAGCUCAUUGUCCACCUGUUUGAAUUCCAUGUCUGCUGUGGUAUUGGAGGAUUUCAUAAAACCAUUCGUGAAGAGACCAUUGUCGGAAACUGCCAUUAAUUGGAUUAUGCGUUCGGUUGUUGUGUCCGUGGGAGUGUUAUGUGUAUUCUUGGUCUACAUUGUCGAACACAUGGGUACCGUCCUGCAGUUGACCAUGAGUUUGGAAGCCAUCACAAAUGGUCCCUUGCUGGGUAUAUUCACCAUUGGCGUAUUUAUGCCCUGGAUAAAUGGAAAUAGCGCCCUCCUUGGUGGCGUUGUGGGAGUUGUUGGCAUGUCAUGGAUCAGUUUAAAGGCUCAAUGGGCUGUUGCCUCCGGUGCUAUGGUCUACGAAACAAAACCUCUGACUGUGGAACACUGUACAUAUAAAUUCGACACAUCUGUUCUGAUGUCAGCAGCUAAUACGACUGCAUCAGCGGCAGCCUCAGAGGAAAUCUUGCCCCUCUACCGCAUAUCGUACAUGUGGUACACAUGCUUGGGCGCCUUGUUGACCAUGGGAAUUGCCGUUCUGUGGCAUUUCAUUUUCGGUGGUAACGAUCCCAAAACAAUUGACCAUUCCCUGCUGUCACCCUGCAUACGUAAAUAUUUCCAAAGCGAAGACAAUCAUUUGCAAACAAAGAACCUCCAAAUAGACAUUCCAUUGAAAAAUAAGGCCGUCGAUGAAGAAGUUGCCUUGUAGACCUGCCAGCAAAGCUUUGCGGCGGCGGCCGGUGUACCUGUGUGUGU